UCCAACGGCCAAAUGGCACGAAGCGCUUGCGUGUGACUGGUAUAUAGGGACGGGCGUGAAGACAGGAAGAGACCAGGUUCUCUGCAUCCUACAGUCUUCUACCACUGCUCAGCUUCUUACAAUGGCUCUCCCUACCACUCUCCUACAACCGUCCUCCGCCUCUUUGGUUUCCAAUAAGGGUCCAAGGGAGACCAUCACCUCAGACUUUGCCUCAAUCUUCUCGAGUGUCAAAACCUUCCUUGCACCACCGACUCGGACUGAGGUUGGUGCUUGCUGGGAACUCUGCCGUCUUCAAAACGGAAUGGGAUGUGCGACGGUGUUUCUACCAGUUGCGUGGUCUUUAGCGAUGGUUUACCACGCAUACCCCGAGCUAACGGGAAUGGAAUGCCUUACCCGGGCCGCCGUCUACUUUUUCCUCUGUGUCGGCAUCAAAUGCUUGAUCAUGACCAUCGAUGACAUUCUUGAUUACGAUAUUGACGCAAACGUCGAACGUACAAAGAACCGGGCUCUCCCCAGAGGUGCCAUCAGCAUCGAGCGAGCCUGGUUGUUCUUCGCUCUCCAAGUCGUGAUUGGUGUCUUUUUGGCUUACAAGGUUCUGAGCCCUGAUGCUCUGCGCAUCUCCAUGUAUGUAUGGCCGUUGUACGUGCUGUACCCCACUUGCAAACGCUGGAUGUACUUUGCCCCCAUCCCUUUGGGCUUGAUGUUCAACAUUGGAGUCUACAUGGGAUGGGCCGAUCUCACUACUGACGGCAAAAUUCCCUACCACGCCCUCACUGCUGCAUAUCUUGGCGCUACAAUGUGGACCGUCACAUACGAGACCGUAUAUCAGCACCAGGACAAAGUUGACGACGUCAAAAUUGGCAUGAAGUCACUUGCCAUCCUGUGCGGCAAAGUCACUAUUCCAAUCUGUUCCACUACCACCGUUGGCUUUGCUGCUCUGAUGUCAUGGGCUGGUUAUUUGAACGGCCAAGGCACUGCCUAUUAUAUCGCUGUCGCUCUCUCAGCCUUCAUCUUACUGAAGGAACUCCUUGUGACAGACAUUGACGAACCCAGGCAGUGCAUGAAGUUUUUCCUGCAAACGCCGACCAUUGGUAAUCUCAUCCUUGGUGGAUUGGUCGUUGAUGCUGUAGUCCAGCGUGUCCUCGCAGGAAUCCCUCUCUAAUGUAUACACAAUUGUACUAUUAACUUAACAAUAUCUAUC